AGCACGCUCAGACAGCUGGCGUGGGGUCCUGGCUCCACAACGGAGUGGAAAUCAAAAAGUUGGAGCCAAAGGCAAAUCUAAGGGAAUAGGAGGCCUGCUUCAACCAGGCAUAUACAAUGUUAAUUAAAGCAUUGCCAGGAUUUUAAAGAGUCUGAGGGGGGAGGGCAGAGGAAAAGAGACACAUGAAAACCGAGCCACCUUGCUUUUGAAGUUCCCCAAUCCUGUAAAACAUUUAAGAUGGCAAAAGGAAUACAUGGCAGAAUUAGAAACAUGAGUAAAAACUGCCAUUCGUCGGAUCACAGACUUUCAACCUUGGAAAUAGUCUUUCUAAUUCUCCAUGAGGACAGAACCUUGGGAUUCUAAGUACCCAGCACCUAGCUGGCAGCACUCAAAGCCCUGACUUAUGGUUACAUACACACAUACACAAACACAUUCUUAAAGGCAGUGGAUACACAUGGAGGGGGCAGGGGUAGCAGACAAACUAGACAUUCAGGGGGAAAUAAUUCCACCACUAGUCUAACUUGCUUUCUAACCUCCACCCCAGCCCACAAAUUACUAAAUGAUGCAUCUCCUUUCUAGUCUCUACAGCUGAGUUUAUCCAAAAGACAAAGCACCAAGAAAAGAAUCAGAUUUCACUGCACAAAUCCUUUCAAUAAAGUGGUACAGUGAAGAGGGGAGCCCCUAAGUUCACAUGAAAGCUACACAGAGAAGGUGCAGCACUGCUUGCCAAGGAAACACAUAUUUUUGCUGAAAAAUAACUCUCUUUUUUGUUGGAGGAUUAUGGAAGAAGCAGAAUUUGUAAAGGACACAGGAAGAAAGAAGCUCCAUAAAGAAGGUGCUUCCUAACUAGCCCUGGGCCACCAAGCGUUAUGGAGAAGCGCCUGCAGGAGGCUCAGCUGUACAAGGAGGAAGGGAACCAGCGCUACCGGGAAGGGAAGUACCGGGAUGCCGUGAGCCGGUACCACCGAGCUCUGCUUCAGCUGCGAGGGCUAGACCCGAGUCUGCCUUCCCCGAUUCCUAGUCUAGGCCCACAGGGCCCGGCUCUUACACCCGAACAAGAAAACGAACUGCACACCACCCAGACAGACUGCUACAACAAUCUGGCUGCCUGUCUCCUUCAGAUGGAGCCAGUGAACUAUGAACGAGUGAGGGAAUACAGUCAGAAAGUUCUGGAACGACAGCCUGAUAAUGCCAAGGCCUUGUAUCGAGCUGGAGUAGCCUUUUUCCAUCUGCAGGACUAUGACCAGGCUCGGCAUUACCUCCUGGCUGCUGUGAAUAGGCAGCCUAAAGAUACCAAUGUCCGGCGGUACCUCCAGCUGACACAGACAGAACUCAACAGCUACCAUACAAAAGAGAAACAACUGUACCUUGGCAUGUUCGGUUAAUAAAGAAAAGGGAUGCUCCAACACAUCAACUGAAGUGGACCAUUAAAGACCCAUUAAGGAGAAACCUGAGCCUCAGCAAGAGAAAUGAAUCCUGUACCUCUGUUCCAGCUGAAUUUCUAUUUUGUUUCCUGUUCUGCACAGCUCUUUGCUACUUAGACCAUGUGUGUGUGUGUGUGUGUGUGUGUGUGUGUGUGUGUGUGUGUGUCCAUCUAUAUAUUUGCUAUUUGCUACCUUCCAAUAAAAUUUUACUGUUGGGGAUGUUUGCUUUGAAAUAUAGACCAGAAAACAUUCAUCACGGGUGAAAAUAUUUCUGGCCAUCAAAUUUAAUGAGAUGUUUUAGGUGUAUUUCUAUACAGUGCAGAAGAGUAGCAGAGGAUGAAGUAAAGGGAGGCAAAUGCCUCCAGUGAUUUUUGUUUUUCCUCAAAUGCCCAAACUCAAACUGGAAAACUGAUCUUUUUGUCAAGCUAAAUAAUUGUAAGUAGAGCUCGAGUAUAUGUAAAUGAAAGGCUUACAGUGAA